GCCCCUAUUUAUUCAAGGUAAUAAAUAAGCAAGAAUCUUAUUAAUUAAGAAUAGUUUAAUCAAAUUUUUUUUCUAACAAUUAGUAUUUUAAGGCUAAGUGAACAUUUAUUUUGAAGCGGAGGGAGGAGAAUACAAUCUAGAAUGAGUAAAACCGCCGGGAACGAGCAGUGCUUGUAAGACUAGUCUACACAUAUACAAAGAAGAAAGUGAGAACAAUUUGAAUGAUUCCUCCACUCAUGCGCACGUUAGCAACAGGCUCCAUUGUUAUUCUUGGUGGAGCCAUCACUAUAUCUGCACUCACCACUUCUAUCCUUCGUCGUAAAGCCUUAAUUAACAAGGAAAAGUUUGGAAAGCUUUGUGGGUAUUGUAAAGGAAAGGGAUUUUAUAAAUGUAAGCUUUGCAAAGGAAAUGCUACAAUUAGUUGGUCACCAUUAUAUGAUCCUGUUUUUGUAAAUCCAUGUGUUUGUCCAACUUGUGAUGGUCACAAGGUACAACGAUGUCUAAAUUGUUUGGGAGAUGGACGAGUAUAGUUAUGAGUGAAAGAAAGACAUUUAAUGAAAUGCAGUCUACCUGUUUGAUAAAAUGACAAUGUCAACAUUUGUUAUUUAGAGCCAUAAGCAUUGCAGUUUUAUCUUGCC